GUCUGUAGAGCGCAGUCACUGAAUCACCUCACCAGUCGCUCUGUGGAGUGGACACGCAGAAUACCCUUUUCACGCACCGGGGGAACUUACCUGAAAACGCAUUUUUUCACCCCCAACUCUAUUCUCUUGGAAUUUGGUGCUUUUGAAAUAAUCAGCUGAAGACAGAUGCAUUGAAUCUCAAGCAGAAUGAGGGAAUUUACGCAUUUCUUCCACGUUGUUGCGCUACUUGUCACCAUCGUCUCAGCGACCAAGUUAAAUGUACCACGGCUGAGACUAACAUAUAAAGACCUGCUGUCCACCAACAGGUCUUCUGUCUUCAGCGGUCACCACGGUCAGCUCUCUCUCACCGCUGUCUUCCUGGAUGAGUACCGCGACCGUCUCUUCCUGGGAGGGAAAGACAUCCUGUACUCUCUCAUGCUGGGACCUGUCAGCAGCGAGUCUAAAGAGAUCAACUGGCCCCCGUUACCUGGCAAUAGAAAGGAGUGUAUUGAAACAGGGAAAGAGCAGACGGAGUGUGCCAACUUUGUUCGUCUCCUGCAGCCAUACAACCGCACUCACCUCCUGGCCUGUGGCACCGGUGCUUUCCAGCCCAUGUGUGCUUUCGUCUAUGUGGGACACAGAGGCGAGCAUGUGUUCACAAUGGACCCAACCAAUGUGGAGAAUGGACGAGGGAAAGUUCCUCAUGAUCCCAGCCUCCCCUUUACUAGCACCUUCAGUGGUGGAGAGCUGUAUACAGGUCUGACGGCAGAUUUCCUGGGAAGAGACUCAGUGAUCCUCAGGAGUAUGGGAGGUCGCUCCACGAUGAGGACAGAGACUGAUGAGAAACUUCUGCAUGACCCUAAAUUCAUUGCCGCCCACCUCAUCCCGGACAACGACGACAGAGACGACGAUAAAGUAUAUUUCUUCUUCACUGAGAAAGUCACGGAGGCAGGGGACAGGGAGGGGGCCAUACACUCACGUGUGGGACGAGUGUGUGCGAAUGAUGUUGGAGGCCAGAGAGUGCUGGUGAACAAGUGGAGUACCUUCAUCAAAGCCAGACUGGUUUGUUCUGUACCAGGACCUCAUGGCAUCGACACACACUUCAACCAACUGGAGGAUGUUUUCCUCCUGAGGACUAAGGAUGAGAGGAACCCAGAUGUGUAUGCAAUCUUCAGCACUAUCAGCAAUGUGUUCUCGGGAUUUGCUGUGUGUGUUUACCGUAUGGCUGACAUCAGAGAAGCCUUCAAUGGACCCUUUGCUCAUAAAGAGGGUCCCGACUACCAGUGGGGUGCUUAUGAAGGCAGAGUCCCAUAUCCAAGACCAGGGGUGUGCCCCAGUAAAAUCACCAACCAGCCUGGCAGAGAGUUCGGCAGCACAAAGGAUUUCCCUGAUUCAGUGCUGCACUUCGCCCGCAGCCACCCCCUGAUGUGGCGACCGGUGUAUCCAGCUCUGCGCCAACCCGUGCUUGUAAAAGCCAAUGUCCCCUACAAGCUUAAGCAAAUAGUGGUGGACCGAGUGGAAGCAGAGGAUGGGCAGUAUGAUGUCAUGUUCAUUGGCACAGACAUUGGCACAGUGUUGAAGGUCAUCACUGUGCAUGGUGGAAACAGUCUAGAGUCAGAGGAGGUCACACUGGAGGAGCUACAGGUCUUUAAAGUGCCAACUCCAGUUACAUCAAUGGAUAUAUCUGUUAAAAGGCAAGCCGUGUACGUGGGCUCUCCGGCAGGUGUGGCACAGGUGAAGCUGCAUCGCUGCGAGACUUAUGGGAAAGCCUGUGCUGAGUGCUGCCUGGCCAGGGACCCUUACUGCGCGUGGGAUGGCUCAUCCUGUGCACGAUAUGUGCCCAAUAACAAACGACGCUACCGCAGGCAGGACAUCAGGCAUGGAAACCCUGUGCUGCAGUGUUUGGAUCAGAACCUGAAUGAAGACCUUGACAUGACAGAGGACAGAGUGAUGUAUGGGACUGAGAACAACAGCACCUUCUUAGAGUGUGUGCCUCGCUCUCCGCAGGCUACUGUAACCUGGCUCAUCCAACAGCAUGACCACAAGGAAGAGGUGAAGUUAGAUGAUCGCGUGAUGUCUACAGAGCAGGGUCUCUUGUUCCGUCGCCUCUUCCGCCAAGAUGAAGGUGUGUACAUCUGUCGCUCCCGAGAGCACGGCUUCACACAGACCCUGGCCCGCCUCACCCUCCAAGUGCUCCAGGGGGAGACCGUGGACGAGCUCAUGGCUCGUGACAAUGCCGGCCUCUCUGACUCGUUGAAAGACAGAUCUACAGGUAGCUACAGGCCGUGGAUGCCCUGCAGCGCAUACACCAGGGGUGGCUCAUCAAGCCAAAUUGGCCAAUCACGUACAUGGUUCAAAGAUAUCAUGCAACUGAUUGGGCCGUCAAACCUGCCACAUGUGGAGGAGUACUGCGAGAGAAUGUGGUGCAACGACAAGCUGAGGAGGAAACACAAGAGCAUGCUGGAGAAGUACCGGCAGGCACAGGAGAGUGCCAGGAAGGCUCGUAGCAAGAGCUCCGGAGAACGUAACCGGACGCCGCGGGAUCUGACCGCAUGGGAGGAGUAAUGAUGAGAAUAUGGGAGGGGAAAAGAAGGAGGAAAUGAAAGACUAAAAACAGAGAAAGUUUAUAGUGUAGGACAAGAUAAAAGGGCCAACAAAAGGAUCAAGACCAGCAUCAUAGUUUAAACCUAGUUGAAUUUCAGGAUAGGGGAGAUCAGAACCAUUUUUCCACUUUUGCUGGUCAUCAAACUUUCAUCAAACAGAAUAGAUUUUGUGAAAUCAGUGUGUAGAUCUGGUGCUCGACCUUGGAUUUGACUGUAGCCCAGGAAAGAUGUGUUUAGUUGUCUGAAAAGACAACUGAGCCAGAAAAGAUGUUGAAACAGAUAAAGAGAAAAUAAGAGACAAUCAUUCACAUACACUCUGAGGAUGAUAUUUUAAAAUCCUAAUCACCAAGGACCCCCCCCCCCCGACAACUUUGUCAAUGCAUAAGAAAUUACAUAAACUGCUUAAGUCAUACCAGUCAAUCUUCACUGAGAAAACCCUCGACACUUAACAAACCUCAGAUUUAAAAAUGUAUGCAUGACUAUGGAUGGACUUUACCAAGAGCAGAGCCUGUUUUAUGUCUGCUUUCGCAGCCUUGCUGACUCUUUGAUGAACCGUGUGUUGGCUCAUAUUAUUGUGUUAAUUGUCUCCUGAGACUUCAAGCUGCACUAGGCGGGUUUUUUAUUGUAAAGAUCCAGUUAAAUUGAAAACUGGUGCUUCGAGGGAGAGGAACGGUACAUCUACAUACCGUACCUUUGCAUCUUCAGACUACAGCAAAUUUGCCAAAUGCUGUUUGGACACACACAAUUAUUUAACUUUCUUUUUCUGACCAGAUUGGUGACAUUUCACUGGAUUAAUAUCUUUUGUCUUUAACAGCCCAUAUCUCCUCACUUGUUCUGCUCUUGACAUAGUUAAAACAUUCAUGCUCAUGUGUGACUUUAUUCCAAGACACGACGGCCUCUGCUGUGUAUUUGUUGAAGGCAAAUGAGCUAAUGAAGCACACGUAUUUAACAUGCUCUGUAACACACACACACACACACUCUGUCUCUCUCUCUCUCUUACAUAAACGGACAUCCCACUCACCCAUAACACUGAAUGCAUAGCCUUAUCUAACUCAGACUGGAAGCUACCAUGAGACGACUGUUGAUGGUUCAACAGAUUAAAGGCACAUUGCUUUAUUUUUACUGCAGUGGGUUAAAUUUUCCAUGAAACACCAUCUAACACCCUCCUCACUGACCCUUAGAGGCAUAUUUCACAGAGGCUUAUUUUCAUGCUUUUGGUUUUCAUACCACACGCCCUCUUGGAAUGUACCUAAAGCUCACACUAAAUGCUUAAAAUUCGCUGUCAAGGGAAACCUUAGGCAAAUCUGUUGAAUCAUUUAUCUUAAUCUUAAGUAAGAUUUCAUUGUUAAGUAUGCAUAAAAGAGCCUAUGAAACCAGCAAAGAUCUUCAGUUGAUAAUUUGGGUGAUAAACUGACUCAAUUCAACAAGCUAAACUUAACUAACCUCAUCUCACAUGUUAAUCAGCCACUGAACUCCCUUUCUCACAGUUCCUCUGUCUGCCUUAGCUUUCCAGUGACAGUGGAGGGAACAAGAAGGGUCAAAUGUAAUGACUAACGCUUUUUUUCUUUCUGCUUUGGAAACACUGGUUCAUGAUUUGAACACAUGAUAAUCCACCUUGCUAUUGUCAUCAGAUUUAUUGUGAAAAUAUAACUUUCCAUGUUACACAAUUGUUUUUUAGUUAUUUUCACAAGGCAGGGGAAGCACCAUAGCACUCACAGCAAUGUCACAAGGCAGGAAGAGUAGUGGGCCCUGGCCCCUAAUAUGAUGGCAUAUCAUAUAAUAUAUCCCUCCAUCCUCCAAAAAAAGAAUUAAACACACACACAAAUAAUUAUGAAAGGAAAGAAGAACAGAAAAAUAGAUAAACAAUUAUAAACUGUUGUAACAUAAUAUGUGUUCUUUUAAUUUAAUUUGAAGACAGCUACAUAUAUAACACAAUCACAAAGUAGCCAAGUACAGUAGGAGCCAAAGAACUGAGGGGACCAACAUGGCUGCCAAUGUGUUACCUCAUGUGAAAUCCUUUUAAUGGAGUAUGGUAUAUAUUUUCUGUGAGCCCAAUAUUUGCUUAAAAUUAGCCAGGGAAGCAGAGCUGCACCUAUGAACUUGGUGACUUCUUGUGACCUGUGUGGCAUGUGAACGGCCUCUCAAGAGGUCAAAUGAACAGAGAGGAGGAACGGAGAUGAAACAAAGAAAAGAGCGAGAGAUUCAAAUAAAGGUACGAUAAGAAACUUGUGAAGGCUGUAUUUACUAUUCAAAUUAUCCUAAUUAAUUAUCCCGCAUUUCAUCAAUAUGAAAAAGUGAAACAUUUUUUUCUGAUUUGUACAAAACACUAAAGAACAUGUUUUUUUUGGUUGGGGAUUGAGAGACUGGCUGUGUGACUGCAACUCUGGUAUUUACUGUAAAAAAUAUUGCUCUAAAAAAUUGAAAGAAUGAUACAGUUACCGGGAUGAAAUACACUUUAUUGAUCUUUUAAAAAAUCCUUAAUAAUAGUUCAUUUUCUCUGUAACAGUUAUUAUAGUUUAAUUUUAAAUCUGCUCUGGUCUAUAAAGAUAAUAACAAAAUCUGCCUUUUAUUUGUAUGUUGUGGUGGUGGUACCAGAUUUGUUUAAGCUUCUGCCUUUCUAGGUCCUGAAUUUCUGUCAUUAGAAAAGGUUGUCCUGUAACUUUUACAACAAUGAUUGUGAGAUGGAACCACAAAAAUAAAUGCUGACACUCUUUUUGCUGGAGAAGUCAAUGACACAGAAAGCAGGAAAAAAAGCUCCAUCACUAACCAAAUAUCAAAAGAAUUUCAGUACAUUUGUACAAAUUGUGUUGUGGUAUUGCAUCUGAUGUUUUAUAUAUUUACCUCUCUAGCUAGUUGUGUUUGGUGCAGUUUCUCAAUACUUUCUUUAAGUUGUUUGGAGUUAAAGCAUUUGUCUUGCCUUAAUGUUGAACUGCAGUAUUUUACAGUGUAUAAUGUAUAAUGGACAGCUGAUAGAUGUGUUGUUUGUCAGGGAUUUAAAAACUCAUGGACGUUGCUGUACUUUUUGUAAAACUGGGGAAGUGUUUCAGUUCUGUUGAACUAUAGCAGGCGAUCUCACUGAUCAGCUAAUCCUCCUGAUUGUGCUGAGCUGAUUCAUUAAUACGUGCACAAGCUUCGACACCCACGGCUGCUCUGCAGGAAGCAGUCAGGAGGUUCAACCAGUGGUAGAAUAAGAGCCCCAUCACAUAUACUUAAUAUAAAGCAAAUAUCGCUGAUCAGAGUUUAGCAAAGCUGAACUCCAUGCGAAGCCACAAUUUGCCUCGUCAUAGGAAGAACAAUGUUUCAAUCACUUCCUCACUCUCACAGAUUGAAAGUAAACGGAAGGCAAAGGUUCGUCUCUGAAAUAUUUGCUAAUGUGUAAAGAUUCUUCUGCCGACUCUGGCAGCAGUCCAAUGGGCAAACUAUAAUUAUUAUAUUGAACUUGAGAGGUUCAACAAGCAUGGUUUCUGUACAGAUAUUUUUUAGUACAAAAAACACCACAUACAAUAUAGAAAUUAGGCUAAAAGAUGGAAGGAUGGUUGGAUCAGAAAUGAGCAUUAUCUUGGUGUAAUGUCCCUUUAUUGUACUGUAAAAAAUGUUUGCUGGCUGUGGAGUCUCUGACACAAAGAGCCUAAUUUAAGUGUGUAUUUAUGUUUUAUUUAAGUGUCUUUCUACCAUGCAUGCUGUGUAGUUGUAUGCUGUUUAACAACAUUAAAGGUUGAUUUUCUAACAUAAA